GAAAAGGCCUACGCCGUGCCACUUGCGCAUACCUCAGCCGCCGCGACGUGCGCGGACCGGGUACUCUUAUCAUGUAUGUCAAAUUACAUCUUGAAAUGCGGCUGCAUGCACUGGUCACUACUUUUCGCCGCAACGUCAACAUUUAAUUCUACAUCGCGCGGAGACCAGACCUACGCGGAAACACAUCCUUAUCUUCAACCGUCACAAACUACAUUCGCAUUUGCCAACAGGCGGCUGGCGCACCGGCUGUGUGUGUCUCUGUCUGCUGUGGUCCCGCGCACGGUCCGGCACCCCCGGCCGCCGGCCGCCAAGCCCAGAUGUGCACAUUACGGACGACCAGAUGCUCAUUGCGCUGGCCGACAUCCUGCAGCACAGCGUGUGCGUGUGGGGCGAGUGGACCAGCCUGGCAGAUGCCCUGCUCCCUUACUUCAGCAACAGCACUGUGUCAGAUGAACAGCUACACAGCAUUCUGUACAAGUACUUGCACCACCAUCACAUACGGUUGGAGGUGCAGCUGCAGGACCAGGGCAUCAGCACCGGCAACGUGCUGGAGGCAGUAGCAGCAGCACUGCGGGACGUUCUGGCACACCACCCACACCUCUGGGGCCACUGGAAGGUGCUGGCGGCGGUGUUGUUGGACACGGGCACGCUGCCCACCUUCCUCACGGCCAGAUCGCUGUGCACCGUGCUGGAAGAGCACAAUGGCAUCCUGCAGCGCAUCUUGCUAGAGCAGCAGGUGCCACACAAACGCUCACGCCAGCGCUCAGGCAGCGCAGCGGGCGGUGGUGAAGGUGAGCAGCAUGACGGCGGUGACAGCAGCAGUGAUGAUGAGGGGCUGGGCGGAGGCGAGCACCGCUGGUAUGACACUGGCGGUGGCGGGGGCGGCGGCGGCGGUGACAGCAGCGGCGAGGACGAGGACGAGCUGGAUGCCGCCGCUGCCGCUCAUGAUCCCGCUGCCAUAGACCGCGGCGUUCAGGACUGCCUGGACAGAACAGUGCGGCUCAUGGCGCUGGACCUGCCAGCUGGCAAGUACCGGGCCAGUCAACAGACGUGGGGCGUGGCGGAUGACGAGGCCGUGGCGGCGCGCUUUCGGGAGUCGCUGCAUGCAAACGCGCGGCUCCAGGAGCGUGUGUGCUGCGUGUGCGCGGUGCGCUGCACAGCCGACGAGAUGCACCCCCAGUCGCCGUUCAGCUUCAGCAGCAUGCAGCAGCGCCUCGAGCCCCUGCGCACCGACCUGCCAGUGACGGAGCGCAUUCCCCGCAACGGCAGCACGCGCUGGACGCACGCCGGCGUCGAGUACCACCUCCAGCCUCACGCCAUCCAGGCAGCCGGCAGCGGCGCCGCAGCAGGAGCAGCAGGAGCAGCAGCAACGCCCCUGCUGCCCAUCUGCCGCAGCUGCUACAAGUCCCUGGACACCAACAGCGACGACGUCAACCGCCUGGUGCCGCGCCUGGCGCUCGCACGCUGCGACGUGGGCCUGCCGCCGCCCUGGUACGAGGAGCUGACGCUGGCGGAGCAGCUGCUGAUCUGCACGUGGCGGCCCGUGCGCCACCUCGUGUCGCUGUGCAACCCGGCGUUCUUCCACACCGCCACGGACCAGCGGCACAAAGCCCUGCACGGGCACUGCGUCGCGUUUGCGCAGCCGGGCCUGGGCGCACUGGCGGCGGCGUUCCCGCUGCCGCUGGACGAGCUGCCCAACUACAUUCACGUCGUGCUCGUAGGCUAUGCAGCAACAGACGAGCAGGCCAGGGCGCAGGCGGAGGCGAUGGCGCAGAAGGGCUGCCCGGCGCUGCGUGUGAACGCACGCAAGGUCCUGACUGUCGUGGCGCGGCUCAUUGAGCUCAUGUCGCGCCUCAAAGAGGAGUGGCGCCGGACCGUGCACGAUGGCGCCCUGGCAGAGCUGGAGGUGCUGGCGGCGCAGCAGCAUGACCGGGUGCCAGACGUGCUGCUGCGUGCUGCCACGUUCCUGCCCAACGACCUGCGCAGCGUGGCGGUGCUGCGCGCCAUGUACCGCGACCCAGUCGGCUAUGCGCAGCAGACGUACGACACGCCGCCGGCGUACACACAUGAGCAGCUGCUGGAGCUGCUGCCCGACAACACAGCGCAGGUCAGCCUGGUGGAGUCGGUGCUGCACGCCAUGCGCCGGCACGAGCAGUGGGCCACGCAGCGCGCGCUGGCUGCCGCCGCCGAGGAGGACCUGUUCAGGGCGGCCAUACGGGAGGCAGAAGCCAAGAGCGCCAGCGGCAGCGCCGGCGGCGGCGGGCGUGCACCAGCAGCAGCUGCACAUCCUGGCGGCAGUGCAACUCUAGCAGCCCCCGAUGCUGGUGGCGCCGCUGGGCCAUCUGCACCAGCUGCUGCUGCCGGCGGUACCGGAGGCGCUGACACUGCUGCCGCCGCUGCCUUCACUGGCACGGACGCGGACCUGGCAGCCCGGGCUGUGGACGUGGAAGACCGGAUCGAGGAGCUGCUCCGCAAUGUUGAGGCCCCGGCGGUGAGCGUGACGGGUGGCGCAGCAGCAGGAGCCGUUGUCAACGCACCGGCCGGUGCACCGCAGCAGCCGGCGCCACCAGCGCUGCCACAGCCACGCACUCACGAGACGCCCGGCCGCAGUGCAUACAGCACCGUGCAGCGUGCCACAGCCAUCGACCAGGGCGUGGUCGUGCAGGCCCUGCAGACGCUGCUGCGCUCCACGCUGCUGGGCGCCACGGUGCACCGCCUCCUGAGCCGGAACCAGUGGAAGGCGCUGAACACCUACCUGGUCGACCUGGUCUUCCCGCAGCCGCCAGCCGACCUUCCCGCUGCACAGCACGCCGACUGGCGCCAGCAGAAACAGGCGCAGCUCCACCGGUACCUGUGCAAGGCCAAGGACAAGCCGUGGAGGGCGCAGCUGCUGCAGGACUACGAUCAAGCACAGCUACAGAAGCAGGCCGAGCGCCAGCACCGCAGCCAGCUAGCGGAACAGCGCCACACGGACACUGCCGCUCGUGAGGCCGCGUUGGACGCUGCCCGCACAACCGCAGCACCGCCAGCGGCCACCCCAGGCGACGAGGACAGCGGAGGCAGUGCUGGCGGCGCCGCUGAAACCGCUGCCACCGCUGUGCAGCACGGGGCGCCUGGUGUCACCACGCCCAGCAACAUCGCCCUAUCCACCACCACCACCUUCGCGCUGGGCCGCGUCAAGCACAGCGCUGUGCAAGGCGCGUCCUUCGGUCACGCCAUGUAUGGCCCGAACGGACACGCCGCGCUCCGCGCGCGCACGGAGACGGCGCGGUUCAUCUUCAUUGAGGAGUACGGCGUGCUGGGCCUGGCGCACUUUGCGGAUGUGUGCACGCGCAUGCAAGACGCAGCACGCCACCAGCGGCCCGACCCCACGCCGCUGGACCCCUUCUCGCUGCGCCACCUGCACCUCGCGCUCACGGGCGACCCCCGCCAACACGUGGCGCCCGGCGCCCUCGCCAUGCUCGUGCACCACCCGCCGAAAGGCUCCGCCACCUCCCCUGUGGACACUCUGCGCGGCCAUGGCCAGGACUUCCUGGCCACCUUCAAGCAGGUGUACUACCUGCAGCAGCAGCACCGCCGCGACGAGACGCAGGCGGGCGGCCUGGAGCUGGGCACUGUGGCGCACAUGUUCGACGGCCUGGGCAAGGCAACACCGGAGCAGGUGUACGCGGCGGUGGAGCAGCUGAACCGCCGCGCGCUCACCGCGCAGGCACUGCAGCAGCUCCGCAAUCCACACGUGGUGCUGCUGCGGCACAGCGUGCAGCUGUUCGUCAACCGGCGCCUUGCAGAGCGCCAGGCGGCAGCCGACGGCCAGCCCAUCUACAUCUGGCGCAGCCACGACCGCCUGCAGUCGUACGGCACGGUCCCACCAGCGCUGGCGGCGGAGCUGGAGUUCCUGCCGUGGAACAAGACCGCGCACACGCCCACCCUGGGCAUGUUCUUCCGCGGCAUGGAGUACGCGUUUGGAGACAGCAAGCUGCCUGGCCUGCACCGCUGCACCAACAACUCCGCGUUCGGCGUGACGCUGGUGCUGCAUGACGACGAGCCGGAGCCCAGCAUCGAGCCCGGCGUGCACGUGCUGCAGUACAUGCCCAAGGGCAUUGUGGUGCGGCCCGGCGGCCCGCCACUCGGCACCGUGUGCUCGCCAACCGCGGCCGGCGAGGACAUCGUGCCCCGUGACUGCAUUCUGGUGCCGCGGGAGACGCACAGCUUUGAGGUGCUGCACGAGGGUGUGAUGGUGUCAGUCACGCGCACUGGCAUCCCUCUGCUGGACGGCUACGCGGUCACCGACUACGCCGCUCAGGGCGCCAACUUCGGCAGUGCAGACUGGAUCGCCCACCUCAACAUUCCUCACGACGUCUUGCAGGCCGAGCACGGCCGCACACGCUCCGACAAACGCGCGGGCACCAUGUCGCGCGCCUCCAUCUUCGUCAUCCUCACCCGCUUCCGUGACUGGGACUCCCUGCACCUGCUCGCACCCCUGUGGCAGUCCGGCGAUGAGGAGGCCAAGCAGGCCGUGAUGACCAAGUUCCUGCAGCUGGCAGCACGCGAGGAGGGCCUGGCGCGGGAGAUUGAGCGCCUGCAGGCCCUCGCUGCGGAGCACCGGCAGGUGGUGGCGGCACAGCUGGAGGAGCUCAGGCGCCGCGCCGCUGCAGGCGCUCUCGCACGUGGGACCACCGCAAUGGCGGCCGCCGCCGCCGCCAUGGCCGCCGGCGUGCCCCAGCCGUUGCACACAGCUGCGUAGCCAUCCGCUGCGUCACCACAACGCAGCCACCAAUUGGCGUGGAGAGAGCACAUGUGUACGUGCAAGCUAGGCAUGUGCGGGUUUCCAGUUGGGGGUUUCCUGUUGCGGGUUUCCGGGUUGGUGUAUUUCGGUUGAUUUUGCAUCGAGGUCUGUGUACUUUGCUUCGCAGGAUUGUAGGAUGAUGCAUACUUACUGCUCUUGGAACUGUGUGCAUGCAUUCUGUCUUUCACACUACCAUGCAUUUUGAACUGCACAAGGAACACUGCCUCUCCGCCUUCCUUAUGUCCAAGUCCAUUUUCCAAUGAUAGGACCAUGUACGCCGUGAUCAGUGGGUCUGUGUGUGAUGGUCAGUGGUACCUUCAUUCGCAGAGCGGCACCUUCAGACACCAUGAAGUGCCAGGCCUUGGCCAUGUACUCCCUGCCCAGAUGCCAACAUAACAGCCACCUAGGUGGCCGUGCUGAUGCUAUUGGGGCAGGCAAGCUACAGAACAUGUUGCUGACUGACAAUUGCACUGCGGCAUUCAACCUUCGCCAUCCCGUCCGCAACGCUCCUCCUCUACGCCUCCCUUGUAAUUCUAUUCU